AUGGACGACAAGCUGCUUCUGCUGCUGCUGGCUUUGGCUCUUGCCGUGUCCGUCGUCUUCAUCAUCCUCAUCUCCAGGCUGGGAUCUGGUAGUGCUGCUGCUAAGGCGAGGCUUAACCUGCCGCCGGGGCCAUGGACGCUGCCGGUGAUCGGCAGCAUCCACCACCUCGUGGGGAGCCACAGCAUCCACCGGGCGAUGCGCGAACUCGCCAAGAAGCACGGCCCUCUCAUGCAGGUUUGGAUCGGCGAGGUGCCCGCCGUGGUCGUGUCGUCGCCGGAGGCGGCGGAGGAGGUCCUCAAGAACCAGGACAUCAGGUUCGCCGACCGGUUCGUCAGCGCCACCAUCGAGAUGCUCACCUUCGGGGGCAACGACCUCGCCUUCGCCCGCUACGGCGAGCGGUGGCGCGUGCUCAAGAAGCUCUGCACGCAGGAGCUGCUGACCGCCGCGCGGGUGAGGUCGUUCCGGCGCAUCCGUGAGGAGGAGGCGGCGCGCCUCGUGCGUGACCUGGCGGCCUCCGCCGCCGCCGGCGAGGCCGUGGACCUCGGCGACAGGAUAGCCAAGCUCGUCAACGACAUCAUGGUGCGGUGCUGCGUCGGCGGCCGGACCAGGUACCGCGACGAGUUCCUCGACGCCCUCCGCACCGCCCUGGACCAGACGACAUGGCUCACCUUCGCCGACAUCUUCCCGUCGAGCAAGCUCGCGCAGACGCUCGGCACGGCGCCGCGCAAGGCGCUCGCCUGCCGGAAGAGGAUGGAGCGCAUCUUGGAGCAGAUCAUCCAAGAACGGAUGGAGACGAUGGACAACGGCGGCGACGGCGUCGAGGCGACGCCGCCCAGAAGCGAGUGCUUCCUCGACGUCCUGCUGAGGUUUCAGAAGGAAGGAGAGACACCGAUCCCAAUAACCAGCGAGUUGAUCGUCGUGCUUUUAUUUGACAUAGUUUCAGGGGGCACUGAGACAUCAACUAUCAUACUAAAUUGGACUAUGGCAGAACUCAUCCGUACACCACGAGUAAUGGCAAAGGCGUGUGCUGAGGUGUGGCAAACUUUUCAAGAAAAGAACAUGAUCACAGAGGAUGACAGUCUUAGCGGGUUAAAGUAUCUCAAGAUGGUGAUUAAGGAGUCACUGAGGAUGCAUUGCCCCGUGCCACUUUUAGGUCCUCGUCGAUGUCGUGAGACAUGCAAGAUUAUGGGCUAUGACAUACCGAAGGAUACAACCAUAUUUACAAACGUAUGGGCAAUAUGUAGAGACCCGAUAUACUGGGACGAUGCCGAGGAAUUUAAGCCCGAGAGAUUUGAAAACAAUAGUAUAGACUAUAAGGGAAGCAACUUUGAAUACCUUCCAUUUGGAAGCGGUCGUAGAAUGUGUGCAGGCAUGAAUCUUGGCAUGGCAGACGUAGAGUUGCCCUUGGCUAGUCUUCUCUAUCAUUUCGAUUGGAAGUUACCUGAUGGGAUGUUGCUUGAGAAUAUUGAUAUGCGGGAGGCACCUGGACUAUUUGCAGGUAGACGCACUAGCCUGAUUCUAUGCCCGGUUACACAUAUUGUUCCAAGUGACUCAUGAGUCACAAUAUAACACCGCUCAUAAUACUGCUACUUCAUGUUUCAUAAUCAAGUUAUGUAUCGAAUGAGAUGUUGUGUUUGUUUGGAGAGUUUAAAAUUCUGAGAAACAACUAAUGAGA